AUGAAUCGCGACUCCGGAGUUCAGUUUCUCGCCGCUCGGCGAAGAAAGCGGCCACGACGAGACCUUUCUUCAACUCCGCAAGCGCAGUCGUCCUCGGUCGCCACACCCCGCCCUACGCUCCCACCACUCGAACUGCCCGCCGCACGAUACGCCGGCGAUGGACUCGACUACCGCCGCCCGGUCACUGCAUCUGUCUCUGUCCUGGAAGAAGAGGAUGUUAUCGAUCUUACAAACGAACCAGAUUCACCUGAGAUUGUUCGGUCGCACACAUUUGAAGGAGAGACCGCUUCUCGACGACCUCGGCCACCUAGGUUUGGCCGAGACAUCAUGGCGCCAGACGUGGUGGACUUGGAGGAGGAACAGAGUCUAGAUCCUCCUAGCAGUCCAGAGGUGCAAUUUCUUUCGUCAACUGUGCGACAGCAGCAUCCACAACCUCGCCCCCCUCCACGAGCCCAUGGCCUCAUGAGCUCCAACUUUUGGCGCAUGCUUCCGCUGCCGCAAGCGUUUAGUCUUAGACGAGAAGUACCAUGGCAUGCCGCCGCCCAUCUCUCCCGCCCUGAGAUAGAUAGGCUCUAUAUUGGAGAUACAACCGGGACUAUGGACUUGACGAUUGAUCUGGGGAUAGAGGAUUGGGUAACUGCGACUGCACCUGAGACUGCCCGGCCACGGAGCUCAUAUAAGGCUCCGAGCCCAGCUCCUGAAGGGUUUACACGAUCUGUUCAAGAAGACGAUAUUGCAAUAUGCCCUAAUUGCGAUGAAGAGCUUGGAACUGGGGACGACAUAAAGCAGCAGAUCUGGGUUGCUAAACAAUGCGGACAUGUAUAUUGCGGAGAGUGUGCAACGAACCGUUCUCUGACCAAGGCAAAGAAGACCACGUCCAAGACGAAACCCUUUGCCAAAUGUCAAGUGGAAGACUGCGGCAAGCCGAUUAGUGCCCCGAAGUCAAUGUUCCAGGUCUACUUGUAA